UAAUAAUAUUUAUAACGUCACAUUAGCUGCUGCAUUUCACGGACAGUGUUUCUCUCUAUCCGACACCAAGAUUUGGCGGUAGGCCGUUCAUUCUGCCUAUUGCUUUGCCUUUUCAGAUACUCCUUUUCUCCAUUUUUAUUGAACCGUAUUCUCCGCUGCAUUAAAAGUUCACGAAUUAUAUACUGUAAAUUUGAUGAUACAGCGUUCUGAAAUGAAUCGUGUCAACUUAAAAUGAGUCUUGUUUAGGAGGCUGUACCAGAGAGAAAGAAGUUAAUGGAUUCAGCGAGGAGUUGGUUCCAGAAGUUUCAACCACAGGAUCGCUUGAGGUCGUCAAGUAAGAAGGGUUCAAUGGGAAGUGGAAGAGAAGAUUCAAACCCGCUCUCUUCUGAGGAAGCCUCGAAUCUCACUAAACAGAGAGCUGCAGCAGCAAAGCAGUUCAUAGAAAAUCAUUACAAGACGCAGAUGAAGAAUCUGCAGGAGAGGAAGGAGCGGCGAAACUUACUUGAACAGAAGCUGGCUGAUGCUGAUGUAUCAGAGGAGGAUCAAAGUAACCUAUUAAAAUUUUUAGAGAAGAAGGAAACUGAAUAUAUGCGUCUUCAGAGGCACAAAAUGGGUGUUGAUGAUUUUGAGUUACUGACAAUGAUCGGGAAGGGUGCUUUUGGAGAGGUUAGAGUUUGUAGAGAAAAGACAAUAGGUAAUGUGUACGCAAUGAAAAAGCUUAAGAAAUCGGAAAUGCUUCGUAGAGGACAGGUUGAGCACGUGAAAGCCGAAAGGAAUCUGCUUGCAGAGGUGGACAGUAAUUGCAUUGUCAAACUGUAUUUUUCUUUUCAAGAUGAAGAACAUUUGUAUCUCAUUAUGGAAUAUUUGCCUGGUGGAGAUAUGAUGACUUUACUUAUGAGAAGGGAUAUUUUGACUGAAGAUGAGGCAAGAUUUUAUGUAGCAGAGACAGUUUUAGCUAUUGAAUCUAUCCAUAAGCAUAAUUAUAUACACAGAGACAUUAAGCCUGACAACUUACUACUUGAUAAAUAUGGACAUUUAAGACUGUCGGAUUUUGGCCUGUGUAAGCCAUUAGAUUGCAGUACUCUACAAGAGGACUUUUCGGUUGGUGGAGAGAGCUUCAACGGAACUUCAAGAGGUGAUGAACGUUCUACAGCUCCAAAGUGUUCUCAACAAGAAAAAUUACAACAUUGGCAGAAGAAUAGGAGGAUGCUUGCUUACUCGACAGUUGGUACACCUGAUUACAUUGCUCCAGAAGUUUUGCUGAAGAAAGGUUAUGGAUUGGAAUGUGAUUGUCAGACAUCGCGUUGUGUGGAGCCGUGGAGCGAGAAUUUUUGCUUUGGAACCAACAAUGAUCAAUGCUACUCUCGAUUUCCAGAAGAAAAGAGAAGGCAUUCUUCUACUCCUAGCUCUCGGUGGACGCCUAAAAAGCAAAAAAGAUCGUUAAGAUAG